GGUGGUGAGCGGCGCGCUGGACUCGUGGCCGGCCCUGCUGAGCGUCGACUACGAGUUCCUGCGGCGGAUGUACGCCAGCGUGCGGGGCAACAUGACGGUGGGCGAGGACGGCUGCCAGUUCCUGGCGUUCCGGUCCGAGCUCGAGUCGCUGGAGCAGCUCAUGCAGCAGCGGCGCGGCGCGCAGCGCGCCGACAGCAGCUGGUACAUCGGGUGGAGUAACUGUGACCCGCGCGUGGCGGCGAUGCUGCGUGGCCUGUACAGCUGGCCCGACUUCCUGCCCGCCGAUGGCGAGGGCUCGGCCAUUGACUGGAUCUUCAUGGGCACGCCCGGCCGGGGCACGGCCGUCCACGUGAGCGCUGAUAUCUGGCGAUGAGACGCAUGGCAGAGCACGGCCUUUGCAAGGAUGCGAUCAGAUUAUUGCCAUCCAUGCGUAAUGUUCAAGCUGUUUUGUUAAUUUUAGUUUGUUUUGGCAACACAGGCAUUUAUUUAACCUUGUCUAUGUUACACAUGUACGCUGCCAGCUGAGAAAUGCGGUAUACAUUGGUUGGCAAAGUGUCACUACCUGACCCACUCCCCCUGCUCGUGCUGUUUGAAUUGUUUGCAUUUAUCCACCACUAAGUAGUUAAGGUGGUUGUCAUAGUUUGAAUAGUGUGUUGUUAAAUACAUUUGGUCCCUCAUUUGCUUCACU